AUGUCGGGAUCCUUCGUGCCCCGGAGCGCAGCUGCCGGUCAAGUGGCAUUGCAGUGGCAACGGGCCGAGGCAUCGCAAAUGCUGAUCCAGUUCUGCAGCAUCUUGCUGAGCACAUACCAGUUUUCAGGCUAUGCAGCACAAGCAUGCCACCUGGAAGCUCGGUUCGCAAACUUUGCCGGCCGCCUUCAGCGCCCCGAAGUCCUUGGAGCCAGAGGCGACAGCUUUGAUGACGCGAAGGUGGUUUUGGAAGUUUCUGCGGAAGAAGAAGAAGAAGAAGCACUUCCAAAUCCGCAUGAUGGCGGCGUGGCAGUCUUCGAGAAAGAUGUGGCUGACGAUGCCACAACCCUCUCGACAGUGCCAGUUUGUCACACCGAGGAGGUUGCAAGCUCCUCCCAGACCCUGGCAAGCGGACCACAUGUAACUCAUGACCUUGCUCUCCCAAGCGCGAUCGAUAUGACGGUGUCGGAGGCCCCAGUGCCCAUGCAGGACAGCACGGCGAAUCGUUGCAUGUGCUGA